AUAAACUAUUAAAUAAAUCAUUGCCAAAAUAAAAACAAUCAUAUAAAGAUAAGAAACAAGCCAAAAAUAGAGCUCUGAAUGAAGAAACAAAACAUACAGAUAGAGAGAAAUAUUAAAUGUAGUGUUUUGUUAUUAAUACUUAGUUUAUCAAAAGCAUUCGUGAUAUGUGUCUGCGAGGAGUUUACACAUAUGUCCCUCUGAAAAAUGGCGGAGAAAAGUCAUGAAGAUGUAGAAAAGUUGAUGGCGUCGUUUCGGGAAUGGAUCAACAGCCAACCACACCUACCAAAGGAUCUAGAGGACAGAAUGGUGAAGCGUUUCCUACACAGCUGCUACUACGAUCUGGAGAAGGCCAAGAGUGCUGCAGAACUGUUCUUCACCAUCAGGGCUGCGUCACCAGACCUGCUCAACAACAGAGACCCGAUGUCGCCUCAGCUGCAGAAGGCCUUGAAAAUUGUGUGAGUUUAGGUUAGAUUAUGAUAUUUUU